AUCAGUGUCCAGAGUCGUUCAGGGACGCUGGCGGCGGUAGGAAAAAUGAGUUUCCCCGGAUCAACAGGAAAGCAAACGGUCUCUAUUGUACAUGAAGCGUUCAGGAACACGAGCAGCGGUAAAGCUCAAAGUGACUUGGUUCUGGGUGGAGACGCGUCAGGUCACAUGACAUCAUGAAGAGUCAUCCAGUGUGGAGGCGUCGUGUUUCUGAGCCGACCUGAACGCCCCAGCAGGCGAUAUAAAGCAGGAGGUUCUGCAGGAGGAAGACACACAUCAUGAUGAUCCACCUGGUUCUGGUCGGGCUGGUCCUGAGGUCCGCUGCAGCUGCGAAGCUGGGCGUGGUCCAGACUGAGGGCGGCGCUGUGGAGGGGCUGAACGUUAAUACGGGUCUCUUCCGGACGGUGGAGGAGUUUAAAGGCGUCCCCUUCGCUGACGUUCCUGGGAAGUGGGAAAAACCUAAACCUCAUCCUGGUUGGGACGGAGUUUUAAUCGCCACAAAGUUCAGGGAGCGCUGCCUGCAGGUGACGCUGUUGCAGACCAAAACCCAGGGCAGUGAGGAUUGCCUCUACCUGAACAUUUUUGUUCCACAUGGACUGUCAGUGUCCACCAACCUCCCAGUGAUGGUGUACCUUUUCGGAGGAGCCUUCCUGCUGGGAGCGUCCAAUGAUGUGGAAGUUUUCGGAGAGUCUCUUUAUGAUGGGAAGGAGAUGGCCGACAGGGGGGGGGUCAUUGUUGUCACGGUGAACUACAGAGUUGGUACUCUGGGUUUCCUCAGCUCUGGAGAUGAACGACUGCCAGGUAACUAUGGCCUAUGGGACCAGCACGCCGCCAUCUCCUGGGUCCGCAGGAACAUCCGGGCCUUCGGAGGGAACCCGGACAACAUCACCAUCUUUGGCCAGUCAGCUGGAGCUGCCAGCGUCAACUUCCAGAUGCUGUCGCCUUACAGUAAAGGGCUGUUCCGCAGAGCCAUCUGUCAGGGCGGCGUGGCCCUCAGCCCCUGGGCGCUCCAGAAGAGCCCCAUGGUGCUCACUAAAAAGAUUGCUCGUAAAGUCAACUGUUGGCAAACCGAGGAAGACAACAUGUUGGCCUGCCUGAAGAUAGUCGACCCCAUCAAGCUCACCAUGGCAGGAAAAAUUAACCUGCUGGAUAUUUUUGGGAAAGGUCCCGUCAUGGACCUGCUCCAGCUCGCGCCGGUGGUUGACGGUGAUUUCAUCCCAGAUGAUCCAGGCAAGCUUUUUCACAAUGCGGCUCAGUUUGACUACCUGGCAGGUGUAAACAGCAUGGAUGGACACAUAUUUGCUGGAAUCGAUGUUCCUUCAAUCAACAACAUGAAGGAAACCACCACCGCAGACCAGGUCAAAGGUCUUCUGACGGGCCUGACUAAAGAGAAGGGGGAUGCCGCCAUCUCCUCGGCCUUCGAUGUCUACUCCGUCCACUGGGGUUUGGCUCCAGAUCCGGCCAUAGUAAAGAAGACAGUGGCCGACAUCGAGACAGACUUCCUGUUCCUGGUACCGACCCAGAUUGCCCUCCAGCUCCACGCAAACAACACCAGUGGGGCCAGUACCUACUCCUACCUGUUCAACAUGAAGACACGGAUCCCGGGGUUCCCGCGCUGGGUGGAGGCGGAGCACGCAGAGGACCUGCAGUAUCUGUUCGGAAAACCGUUCUCCCUGCCGCUGGUCUACUUCCCCCAACACAGAGACCUCUCCGGCUACAUGAUCGCCUACUGGACCAACUUCGCCAAGACUGGAGACCCCAGCAGAGGCAACAGUAAAGUCCCGGUUCUCUGGCCAGCCUUCACCAAGUACCACCAGCCGUACCUGCUACGACCUGAGAUCGUUUUACGUGAAGUACUGGACUCAGACCUACAGCCAGCUGCCGUCUGCAGGGACGAUGGAGGAGAAGAAACGCUGAUCCCUCGACCUUCAUCCAGACAGAUAAAUGAGAUAAUAAAUGAAUUUGAAACCUUCUCCGUUUGCUCUUUGCAUCUAACACAAGUGCACAUAAAUUGUUCUGUCACAUUCAUUUUAAAGAUUACAGCCUCAGAUUUGGAAGGGACGUCCACCAUCUUCUGUGUCACCAUUAGAAAUGAGAACUGGAACAUCAGCUGAUGCCUCGUUUCCACUGAGCAGUUUGGUACGCAGGUUUUCCUGCUUUCACACCCCACAGCCAAAUGGUACUGCUGAAGGCGGCCAUUGUUUUCCAAUGGUGGUCAGCCCGAUGUCUGACGUUAGAACGUCAAUGCAAAGUGACUGUUUGUGAUUUGCCAACAGAUUGUAAACCGAUCCUGCAUUUGGGAGAAGGAGGAACCUUGUGCCCCUACAUGUUUGCUGUAAUUCCUGUAAAUAAAUGAGAAAUCUUGCAUCUUG